AUGGAUUCGCCUAUCGCACGUGUUAUAGAGUCUCAACGUCACGCAUACUCGACUGACUUUCCCCCCCCCUAUUUGUUGCUGCAAGAUACUCCUUUUUCGAAGAAUUCGCGCAUACAUGAUCCUUCUGUCUUCUUCACUUAUCGGGCUAGCGCGAGCCCCUUGCUAUCGCAUCUCUUCGAACACACUCGAGGGCUCGACUCAGGUGACCUGUUUGUCAAGCUCAUAUCGCAGAAAGCCGAUCAAUCCUAUGACCUCCCUUCCGUCCGUUACCGUCAUCAGCAACAAAAACUGAUAUUCACACGUCAUCCGCACUCCUACGACGACGUUGAUAUUUAUCGUCUCGACAUCCCGCUUCAAAAUUAUGCCCAGCACGCGCUCAGCGGGUCAUAA